AUGCCCGUUACACUACAUGGUAGCUGCCACUGCGGUGCCGUGAGCUUCACGGUUGAGAGCAAUACUCCGGUGCCGUACCAACUCUGUGUCUGUUCCAUCUGUCGCAAGGUCGGCGGCGUAGGCGGAUCGAUCAACCUGAACGCGAUUGAGAAGACGCUUAAGAUCAAGGGGAAGGAGAACAUCACGAAGUACACGCCGGUGGUGAACCGAGGAACGAAGGACGAAUACAAGGCAUCGUCUGAGCGCAACUUCUGUAAGAAGUGCUCGGCGAUGCUCUGGCUUUGGGACCCGCAUUGGCCGGAAUACUUGCAUCCGUUCGCGAGCGCUAUCGACGACGAACUUGAGGAUCCGAAAGAGCUGGUCGUCGUCAAGCUGGAUUCUAAACCCUCAUGGGUGCGCCUUCCUGAAGGGACAAGGAAGGAUAACGAAGGCUACAAUGUCAAUCCGAAGGACCCUGAGGAUUACAUCUCUAUCGAGCAGUGGCACAAGGACAAUGGGAAGUGGGUUGAUUGA